AUGUCAUCCCCCAGAAGAAGUCAGACUCAGAAGAUGAGGCUGUCCCUUACCACACGAAAGGUACCCCUGGAGGUGCCCACCCCAACAGAGAAGGACUGGCCUACAGAUGAGGGGGAUUAUGUCUUCAUGGAUCUUGAUCAGGGGCUGGACUCCCUGCCUCAACCUUAUCGAAUGAUUAACAAGCUGGUGAACCUUCUGUUUGACCGGUCAUGGGAAAUUAUUGAAGAGAGGAAUGCAUUGAGGGAAGCUGAGAGCAGCCAGAUCCAGCCCACUGUCUACCCCCCGGUUGGAGAAAUCCAGCUCAACAAAAGGCCAAAUUGCAUGGCUGUUUCCCAAGACUUUCUGUUUGUCGGAGGAGCCAAAGGAUUCUCGAUUUAUAAUCUAUACAAUGCUAAACGAAUAUAUGUUUGGGACAAACUUAAAGUUGAUGUCACUUCCAUCUGUGCCACGGAUUUGGGGAGUGAAAUACUUAUUGCUCUUGUGGAUGAAAUGGGUAUCAUUAGACUACUUUAUUUUUAUAAGGAUGGUCUUUUUGUAAGCAAAGCCAUCAAUGAAGUGGAUGAUGCCAGCAAGCAGAUGACCUGUAUAAAGAUGGAUAUCUCUCAAGGAGGGGACUUUGCAGCUUUCCUCCUUCAAGGAGCUGGAGAUGUUUGGCUGGAUGUGUAUAAAUUGCCCAAGGAGACUUGGCUCAAGGAAGUGGAGCACUCCCAACUCACUUCGAAUUCAAAGAAAAAAGUCAAACAACCGAACACUCUCGAUCUCCUUUCUACAGAUAAUUUAGAAAUGGAUAUAAACAUUUGUUUUAAAGGAGACAUUAAGUUAAGUCUUCCAGUUCAUAUAAUGAAGAUCAAACCACCUAAACCUAUCACGGGCACCACAUUUAAAAGUCCCCUGGAAGUCUUUGCAAAGAUUGAGGACUGCUACGGGCUGGGCUCUGGGCAGAAUCACUUCAUCAAGGAAAGUCAGUGGGAGCAGCAAGCGGAGAUCUUCAACGCUUCCUACAAGAAGUACCUGGAUGGCGAGUGGGAGGAGGAGCCAGCCAGUAUGGCCACCUUCCACUUCCUGCUUCCUAGCUGCGUAAUUGCCAUGCCAACAGAAGUCAAGAACCCCGCAGGAGUAGCCUGUGUCCUUGGCGUACAUUGGACCGGAAGUCACAAUUUUUUCCUCUAUUCACUGAACCGAAGUCUGAAGGAUAAAGUUGAUCCCGAGGGCGUGUGGCCCUGUGCCGCGCCCAUUGCAGUCUCUCAGCUCAGCUGCUCCUCCUCCUACCUGGUGCUGGCCUGCGAGGAUGGCGUGCUUACGCUCUGGGACCUGGCCGAAGGAUUCCCUCUUGGGGUCAUUGCUCUUCCUGAGGGAUGUUUCUGCCAAAGCAUUCACUUCCUAAAAUACUUCUUGGUCCACAAAGGACAGAACGUGUAUCCUGGGGAUCCAGUGAGAUCCCAAAUGAAAUGUGUGGUGCUGUGCGCAGACGCUUCCCUCCACCUGGUGGAAGCCAACAGGACGCAAGGACCCACCAUCCGUGUGCUUGUUGAGAGGCCCGUAAAGCACUUGGAUGAAGCCAUCUGUGCCGUGGCCCCAGUCCCAGCCUUACCUGGCAUGGUGCUGAUCUUUUCUAAGAAUGGCUCUGUGUGCCUCAUGGAUGUGGUCAAGCGUGAAGUCAUCUGUGCCUUUGCUCCCCCCAGAUCCUUCCAUCUGGCAGUCCCUUGGAAGCCAGUGUUUAUUGUGUCUUCAUACCCGCCGUGUUUCCUGCUCCGAGAUGAUUGUCCACACGAAACCGGAUCCACCGAUGAUGCCGAAAUCCAAAAUUCUAUUUUCUAUUUUAAUUUCGAGGCCUACCCACUCCUGAAAAACAUCUCAAAAAAUUGUACCAUUCCUCAAAGGGACUUGGAUAACACGGCCUUCCCCCAGGCAUUGCCGCUGGAGAUAAGAUGUGAGCGUUUCCUCCAGAAGAGCUUUCAGCUGCUGGAGAAGAACCAGGUGACGGAGCAGGAGCACUCGGCCCGGCUGCGGAGGUACUCCUUGUUUCUGCAAAGAGAGAACUUCAGGAAGUGACGCUGCCACCGCCUUGGGGCUCUCUGAAAAGGUUUCAGCCACAAGGCAGCUGCUCCUCACGAUGCCCAGCGGCCAAGAGACACGCAAAGAGCCCCGGCUCAAGGGGCCUGGACUCGCGUCUGGGACCUCUGCAGAGCCAGCAAGGGGAAAGGUGUUAUUCUGGGGACCUUCAACCACUAAUCCUCUAGUCAGAGCCCUCAGGUGGGCAUAUGUGCACCCAAAUAAACAGCGAUGUUGUUCCCAGA